CCCAAGAGUUGGUACAUAAGGGCCUCCCCCAGCAGAAGGAGGCAUCAGACCUCCUCACCUCUCAAGUCCUCCUUCCUCACUUCUCCUGAGUCCUCUCUACUGACACCAUGGGUUGCUGUGGUUGUGGUGGCUGUGGUGGUGGCUGCGGUGGUGGCUGCGGUGGUGGCUGCGGUGGUGGCUGUGGCAGCUGUGGCGGCUGUGGCAGCUGCACCACCUGCAGAUGCUACCGUGUGGGCUGCUGCUCCAGCUGCUGCCCCUGCUGCCGCGGCUGCUGUGGGGGCUGCUGCAGCACACCUGUGAUCUGCUGCUGCCGCCGCACCUGCAGCUCGUGUGGCUGUGGUUGUGGGAAGGGCUGUUGUCAGCAGAAGGGCUGUUGUCAGCAAAAGUGCUGCUGUCAGAAGCAAUGCUGCUGCUAGGCGGCCCCUGGCCUCUGGGAAGAUGCUGCAGGUAACUAACUGUCCUGUUGGUAAACUUUUCUCUCUCUCCUACCAGUCUUGCUGAUUUGAAAGUCACAAGAAGUUUUAUUCAUAUUCCCUGGUCUCUGAGAUCCUGGCUGCACAUGAAAACCACCAACACAAACCUUCUCUGUCAAUCACCAAUCAAAGUAUGAGCCCAAUGGAACAGAGGGGUAUUUUCAAUGCUAUGUUUUCUCGAGAUUUUACUAUUGAAAUGUGUGUUGCUAUUCCUUUCUCCUUCUUUCUGUAGCUUCUGUAUCUUGCAUCUCUGCUCCUCCUUUCUGUUUCUGUAAACCUGAGAUAAUAUCUUCCCAAUAAAGCACAUAAAAUUGGUAUCAAA